AUGACGGCCCUUCCCGCGACGGACGGCGGGUUUGCGCCUCGCGACGCCGAGGAUGGGUCCUGGGCAUCCUCUUUCGCCUCCCGCGUCGCCGACCUGCGCUCCGAAGGCGUCACCUACGAGGACAGCGCCUCCUUCCUCCGCGCGCUGACGAAAUCCGGCAUCCUCCGGUUCACCGACAUCAGGGACAGGCCGGACCGCUUCUUCCUCGCGCACCGGCUGCUCGCGAGGCACGCGCCCGAGCACGGACCGGGGUUUUGGAUCAGGUUCACGGUGCAGUUCAACCUCUUCGCCGGGACCGUCGUCGCCCUCGGCGGGCCCGAGCAUCUCAAGCAACUCGACGCCAUACAAGACGCUGGCCAGCUGGGAUGCUUCGGCCUCACCGAGCGGCUCGCGGGUGUCAACUCGGGUCUGGUCGUGAACACCACCGCACGCUGGGACCCCGCCACCGAGACGUUUAUCAUCGACUCCCCCAACGAGGGGAGCGCCAAGAACUGGAUCUCGCAGGGCCUGUGCGCGGAGAAGGCGGUGUGCGUGGCGAACCUCACCGUGGGCCAGCAGCGGUGCGGCCCACACGCGUUUCUCAUCGAUUUGCGAGAUCCGCGAGACGGACGCCUCGCGGCGGGGAUCACGGUGGGCGACAUGGGGCGCAAGACCACCGGUAACGACCUGGACAACGCGUGGAUCGAGUUCCACGACGUGCGCGUCCCAAAGUCCGCGUUGUUGAACCGGUACGGCGACGUCGAUGCGCGCGGUCGAUACGUCCCGGCCGUCGAGGGCGUGAGGACGAUGGACAUGAUCGGCCAGAGGCUGUUCACCGGAAGGGUCGCCGUCGCGCAGGCGGCGCUCACGUUCACGCGCGGGCUCUUCGCGGCGACUCGAGCGUACAGCGACGGUAAGAGGUGCACGAUGCGGGGCGACGCCGGUCAGUUUUUAUCCGACGUUCCGCAACUUAACUCGCUGUACGCAAACGUCGGGACACAGCUGGCGUCGAUGGACGCGUUCGUCGCCGGGUGCGAGGCGGAACUGGCGACGUGCCUCGCGCGACGCGCGAUCCCGCCGCUUGACCUAACGCGCGCGAUCGCCGUCGCGAAGAUUCGCGCGGUGGAGACGUCGAUAGCGUCGUGUCACGCGCUGAAGCAGGAGGUUGGAUCGUACGCGCUGAUGGCCGGCACCGGGUUUGAAAACACGGAUUUCCUCCAGUGCUGCAAGUUUGCCGAAGGGGACAGCAGGAUCCUGUCGCAGAAGCUCGCGAGGGACGCGUUCGGGGAGUUUGUUAAAAACAAAGGAAAGGCGCCGCGCGGGUGGUCAAAGGCGGAGGCUGGGGCGUGCCGGCGGGUCGCGAGAGCGGUGGCGGAUGCGACGCGAGCGGGGAAAGGAAAGUCGGCGGCUUGGGACUCGGCGUGGGUGGACGUGUACGCGCUCGCGGACGCCGUGUGCGAUAGGGUGGUGUUGGAGAGGACGGGCGGGAGAGGCGGGGAGCGCGCCAGGCUGUGA